AUGAUAUUUAUCAAAUUACAGGGUUUUGAGUAUGGAAGAUGUGGAAAUCCAACCAGAAAGUGUCUCGAACAGUGUCUAGCUUCGUUAGAAGGCGGGAAAUAUGCUCUGUGUUAUUCAUCAGGAUUGUCGGCCGUAAUGUCAGUAACUCAUCUAUUAAGUACUGGAGAUCACAUCAUCUGUUUUGAUGACGUUUACGGAGGUAAGUUUCCCAUAAUUUGGCUGCUAUUUAAACUUUUGUUUUUAAAACAGAUGGUAUGGUUGGAGACUCCUACUAACCCAACAAUGAAGUUAGCUGAUAUUGCAGCAGUAGCCCAUAUUGUCAGAAAACAUUGUGGAGCCUUCUUGGUUGUGGACAACACAUUAAUGUCAUCUUACUUUCAGAGACCUUUAGACUGUGGUGCAGACAUUUCGAUGCAGUCUUUGUCUAAAUAUAUGAACGGACACUCUGACGUGAUGAUGGGUGCUCUUAUAACCAAUCAAUUUGACGUGUGGAAGAAACUGCAUUAUAUACAGAAAACUCUUGGUGCUGUACCUUCUCCAUUUGACUGUUAUUUGGUCAAUCGUGGUCUCAAGACGCUUUCUGUUCGGAUGGAGAAACACAUGCAGAAUGGAUUGGCCAUAGCAAUGUUUUUGGAGUCUCACCCACUUGUUCAAAAGUUAAUUCAUCCAGGGCUUCCCAGCCAUCCUCAACAUGUUCUUGCAGGUCGACAGUGCUCUGGGUUUAGUGGAAUGGUAACAUUUUACAUUAAGGGGGGUUCAAAGGAAACAGAGGAGUUUGUAAAGCACCUCAAGCUAUUUACUUUAGCCCUGAGUCUGGGAGAUGUAGAGAGUCUCGUUGAAAUACCAUCUAUUAUGACCCAUGCAUCUUUGUCCAAGAAAGAGAGGGAUCUGUUAGGAAUAACAGAAAAUUUAGUUCGUCUCUCGGUUGGUAUUGAAACUACAAAAGACCUCAUUGAAGACCUUGAUCAAGCUCUUAAAAGAAGCUGUAAGAAACUUUCUACACCCUAGGCUGUUAGAAAUAAAAACAACAUUAGAAAAGAAGAGUCAACCCUUUUUUGCUCGGGAAACAUUGUUGUCAAAUCUAGAAUUCUGUGGCUAAACUAAUUUAUAUCGGAGGAACUUUGUUUAAUUAGAUAUUUAUAUAAUCUGAUUCUUAUACAUUAGCAUUUUGGUAGUGGAACAUAAAAUAAAAAUUCGA